AUGGCGGCGGCGCUGCUGCUGCUGUGCUCCGCCCUGCUGUGCGCGGCGCUGGGCUGCGCGGACGCGGCGCUGAUCCCCCCCGCGGCCGACGUGAAGGUGGAGGUGCUGCACAAGCCUUUCCUCUGCCACAGGAAGACCAAGUGGGGGGACAUGAUGCUGGUUCACUACGAGGGCUACUUGGAGAGGGACGGCUCCAUGUUUCACUCGACUCACAAGCAUAACAAUGGUCAACCGAUGUGGUUUACACUUGGCAUAAAGGAAGCUCUCAAAGGCUGGGACAGAGGGUUGAAGGACAUGUGUGUGGGAGAGAAACGGAAGCUAACCAUUCCACCAGCCCUUGCUUAUGGAAAAGAAGGGAAAGGAAAAAUUCCACCUGAGAGCACGUUGAUUUUCAACAUUGACCUUCUAGAAAUUAGAAAUGGACCAAGGUCUCAUGAGUCAUUCCAAGAGAUGGAUCUUAAUGAUGACUGGAAACUAUCCAAGCAAGAGGUGAAAAUUUACUUGAAGAAAGAAUUUGAAAAGCAUGGAGCAGUGGUAAAUGACACCCAGCAUGAUGCUUUGGUUGAGGACAUAUUUGAUAAAGAGGAUGAAGACAGUGAUGGGUUUAUAUCUGCAAGGGAAUUCACGUACAAGCAUGAUGAGCUGUAGAAAGAAAAGGCAUGAUUUUUAUUGACACAAAGAGCAGUGAUUUAGACUGUCUGGUUUUCAUGUCAUCUUAAUUCUGUGUUUUGGAGUUGACAGUUGCUGUUGGCAAAGAAACCUUUUGUUUAUUAUAUAAAAGAGAAUUUGUAUUCAUUAUGUACAAAUGUUUUAAACUAUUUCAAAGUGUGAAAAUGUACCUCUUCUUAUACAGCGAAGACUUGCACAUCAGUGUUUUUAAAAUUUUGUAUUAAAUUAUUUUUCAGAAAUGAAA